AUGCUUGGAAACACUUCUUGUUUAACAGAGGUAGGAGAAGUUCCAGACAUUGCAGUUUUAGAGCGAGUCUAUAAGCUAUUUUCUGAAGGUAAAUAUUCUACUGAUUGCGAUAGAAUUCUAAAUCUGUUUAAAGAUCGAGAAGAUAUGAUAAACUAUAUACAACAACUCAUUGAAUCUGCAACAUAUGACAAAGUAAUUCAUCUUCUGUAUAAGACAUUACGCGAAAACAUACAAAAACGCUGGGAAUUGUUUAAUGAUGAUGAAAGAGUAGGAAUUCAAAAUUAUGUAUUUGAAAAAUGGGUUGAUGUGACAAAUAACAGGCCACCAUCGGAAUUUAUUAUCGUGGAAAUCGACAAUUGCGCAGUUGCUAUAAUUCUGAAGACAUAUCCGCAAUUUUAUCCCAAUGUUAUUAAAGAUAUUCUUUCUAUAGCCAACCCUAUCAACCUAGAGAACAUCGUUCGAAUAUUACAAUUUUUACUCGAUGAACUUUACAAUGAAAACGCGGAAAAUUACAUACCGUAUAGAAGAAUCAAUGAGAUAACUACUGCUCUUGAAGAAUCCGCUGAAGAUAUCUUCAAUAUCGUUCAAUUAGUUUUUUCAAAUAUGAUAUCUCGUGUUGGCUUAAUGAAAAACACUCUUUUACUUCUCCGCCAUUUUAUUAAAUCCAUUCCACCCGCUGUUAUCGUUGAAAAUAACAUUUUUACUACUAUUAUUCAACAAGCCCUUCCAAAUCCCAAUUUAGUCUCAGAAUCACUAUCAUUUUUAGCGGAAGUAUACGGUUUGGAUGAUCUCCCAGAUGUUUUAGUCAACAAUGCCGCUGCUGUUUUCCAUAUUUUAAUUACUACUUUGGCUCCUAACUUAUCUGACGUAAAUUUCCAAGAAGUAUAUGAUGCUGAUCCAUUUAAAGUCAGAUCCCUUUCAAAUUGCUUGAUAACUUUCUUUUUAAAGCAAUCUCUUCAAAUUGAGAUCCCAGAUUUGGCCCAGGAGCUCAACUUAAGCUUGGAAUGGAUCUACAACAUGAGUGAUAUAGGAGAUUCCUUCGUCCAAAGGAUUUGCGCUGAUUUUUGGAAACAAAUUGCAAGACGUAUAUGGAAAGAAGCAAAUAACCUCUCAGAAGCAUCCGAAAACCUCUAUUUACCAAUCAUGCAGUACAUCCGCCGCCUCUACAUAAAGAUUAUAACAAGACCAGAAGAUUUUAUAUUAAAUACAGACCCAGAAGAGAGCAGAAGCAUCCGCCAAGAGACGAAAAAUACAGAAGAUAUCGAAUUGUUCAAAUGCGAGAAAGAAUUAUUGAUAUUUUUGACAAAUAUCGAUAAUGCUGAUAUGGUCGCUGCAAUUAACGAGCUUUUGGCACAAUUAGAGGAAAGUUUCAAUGAAGGAUUAUUCAAUGCUUUCUGUUAUUCUGUCGGAGCUAUCACAGGAACCCUUGGAAAAGAUCCUGAAAAAGAUUUCCUACUUCAAGUCGUACAAUCCGUCCUAGGAUUGAACCAAAAAGCUGAAGGAAACACAGAGGUUAAGGCUCUGAUAUCAGCUGGCCUCUGCUACAUAUUAUCUCAAUAUCCAAGAUUCUUGGCAAGCGAUUUGUCAAUGUUUAAGACAUUGAUUGCCAAGCUGUUCGAAUUUAUGGCUAUCCCUAACCCCGCUGUUAAAGAGAUGGCCGUAAAUUCCCUCGCAUUAGUUCAGAAAACAACCGGAAAGUAUUUCAACCAGAAAUCCGGCAGCGAUUCUCCAUUUAUCAUGGAAAUCAUGCAAAGCCUGAACAAGAUCAUUGAGAAUUUGGAAAACAAACCGUUGAUAAUCAGAUUAUUUGGAAUUUUGGCUUCAAUUAUUGGUUCACAUCCAAGAACUGCCGAGCGCGUUGAGAUGCUCUUGUUCCUUGUAAGCUCCCUAAACGAGAAUUGGAACAAUCUUCUUCAAAAUUGGGAACCACAAAAUGAAUCUUACUCGGAAGAGCUUCUAUUCCUACUCGAAUGCAACUCAGAAAUAGCCAGUAACAUAACUAAUGCUUAUGGAAGCCAGUUACGAAUCAUUUUCAACCAAUUAAUGGAAGUUUAUUCAAGAUACUCCAAUUUGUUACAACAAUUCAUCGGAGAGCCCGGAUAUUCCGAAACAAAGGAAGCCAAUUGCUUCAAGAGGAUCAAAUCCAAGAUCGUUCUCAUCAUAAAUGAUUAUAUUCUCAAAACACCCGAUGUUGAGUCAGUUGCCAACGAACUAAUUGAACCAAUCAGCCAGACAAUCAUCUUGGAAUACGAAAAUUCCCAUCCUCUCGGUCGUGUUCCCGAAGUUUUGUCAUUAGUCACUUCUAUGUCGAACAAAAUGAAGAAAGUGUUCGGUGAAGUGCUUCCGAACAUUUAUGGCCCCAUUUUCAAUGAAACUUUGGCCAUGAUCAAAGAUGAUUUUUCAAUUUUCCCAGAAUUUCGAGUUCCUUUCUUCAAAUUUGUUGAUAACAUUGUCACAAACUAUAUCUCCAUCAUGUUGUCAGCUCCUGAUCAGACCUUUUCCGACUUUAUUGAGACAAUUAAACUCGGAUGUUAUCAUACUAUACCAGAAGUAUGUAUUAUCUCACUUUCUGCUACGGAACAUCUAUUUAAGAGUAUCAAGGAUACAAAUAUGAACAGAUACAGGCAAUUUCUGAGUAAUUUCUACAUGGAUAUUUUAGUUCAAGUAAUAAAGGUGACAACUGAUACAUAUCAUAAGUUUGCCUUUAGAGAGGAAGUUAAUUUGAUCAGGAAAUUGCUUUCUACGCAGACGCAACAGUUAAAUGGCGAAACAAUUGCAUCUGCAAUACAAGAUUUGUUCCCUAAUAGAGAUUAUGACUCACUCGUGAAUUACAUGAGUAGUCUUAUUGCUAAUUCCAACAAUAUGGUGGAGUUCCAGCACAUUUUUAGAGAAUUUGUUAUUUCUACAACUCUUUUCUCAAGAAGAGACAAUGAUUUGGACUUGAACAGACAGGAAGAGACAUUCCAGAACUUGCAAGGAAUGAAUGGCCCGGCAAAUCCAGAAGAUUAUUGA